AUGUCGAUCGUAGCCGAAUUUCCAACCGGUACUUUGAGUAAUGCAUCUAAUAAAUACAAAUCAAUGGACGAUUCAGUGAAACCAUUCUAUAAGAAAAAAGAAGGCUCUCAAAAUCUUGCCACUACUAUUAAUCGAAUACAAACACUAAUUAAAUUAAUAAAGGGACCAGGCGUUCAUCCUGUCGGCUAUAUGUCUGCUGUCGGUUUUAAAUAUACAGGUGAUGGAGACACAGCUCGUUGUAAAGAUUGCGAACUUGAAGUAUCCAACUGGACAUUAGAUAUGAAUCCAUUUACUAUUCAUUCAAAAAGUCAACCUAAUUGUCCAUUCAUACGUUCUAUGAUACCGAUUUCAUCAUUAAAUGUACUAGUGCCUAACAUGUUACCAACAAAUACUACUGGAAAUGCAUCUGUACCGGCUGUAGAAGAAAAUAUUUCUACUUUUCAAAAGAUAAAAACGAUGGACUUCGGAUCAGUAUCAAAUGCUAUAGUGGAAGUCGAUUCACUUCGACAAGUGCGAAUACGUACUUUUUCUCAU